GUCAUCCUUCUGCCCUGGGUCGGCCAUCAGUAGGCGCGCCUCAGGGGGUUAUCGCCCUUCGCCCGGUUUCGGUGAGCUCCAGAAAGCUUUCGGUUUUAUGACGCAGUCAAUUCGUAAAUGGGAGGCAGACAAGCACAGCUGAAUGUAGUGAUUCAGGGUGCUGUGGUGUAGUGUCGACAACGCAGUGGGAGCGACAUGAAGUGACACAGCCAGAGCUGGCGAAGACAAUGCCGAGCUGUGUGUGUUUUGUGGUGGUUGGGAAGAGGCGCGGCACAAUUUUGGGGGGGGGACCAGGAAAUGUUAAAGCCGGUUGUGAGCCCAGUCCCAGUCGCCGGCGGCACACCUUGAAAAAAACGUCACAGACCGAUGCGGGGAAGCAAGGGUUGGGGUUAAAUAUGCUGUUUUGUCAAGAUAUGGAAUCAGUGCCUCUCCCCUUUGAAACCUCCACCAGAGUAGCAUCGAGGUCUUAUCAAUUUACUGGCUCCCCCGAAGCAAUCUUUUUCAUUCAUGCAAGAAGCCGACGGAUGGAUUGAAAAGUUUCCUGUGGGUUCUUUCACGUGGAGAGCCAGAGAUGGAUACUGAAGAAGAGCACAAACAUCAGCCAAUUCUGGCAGCCUUGUCAUUAUCCAUACAGAGUCGUUCCCUCCCAUGAUCAACACAUACGGCACGCGACCACCUCCGUCGUAGUCCACGACCAAACUCUAUCUUUACCUCAGUGAUAGUCCCGAUUUGUUUGGCAUAUUUGAUACCAUUGAGCUUGUAGUUUUUCUGUGGGUUGAGGGGACUUGCCACGUCACAGUAAGAGGGCUUGAACACUUCACCAGUGCUAGGGUCCCGGCCAUCUCUUUACCGCCGCCUCCACCUUCAUUUUGUCCGAGGUUUCUUAGCCUCACCUUGAACUUCACCUUCCCUUCACCUCGGCCUUCACCUUCUUCCCGCCGCCUGCCGUUUCAGCUCUCACACAGUAACCCCAAGGUCAAGCGGAAGGUGACACAGCCGAUUCGGGCAGUAAAAGUGGGGGUCAUCGGGGAAUGCUGAGGUUACAUUGGCCAGGGGAAAGCUGUCAUUGAACCCCGCGACCGCUGCCGGGUGCGUCACUGGGGUAUAUUCGGCCCCGCGAUCGGAACCAUGCGGCAGCAACCCACCCACUCCCUGCCUCUCUUGACUCUAAGCCCGUGGUUCAUCCACGUUUUGAUUGAGGGAAGCAGGUACCCGCUCAGACCGGCAGUUGUGUGAUCCAAAUUCAAAAAGGAGUCAUCGAUUUCAAGUUUUGGGUCUACGACUUGGAAAUCGCGACUUGCACCACACCUACACUGGCCUGCUUUCACCGUUUGGGUAGCAUUGUUCUUGGGCGCAUCUCACGUUCAUUGUACCCAUUAACGUCGGCUUCUCGUCGUUCCUCUUCCCCUUCAAACAUCAAAACAACUGCCCCGUUUCUUCGGCAGACAAGAAGAUACUCUCAUUUCAAAAUGGACACCAUCAUCGAUCUUUCAGACCGGUCAAAGGCCCUGGAUCUCACGAACAUCCGCUAUCAGCUCAUUCGUCUCGAGGAUACCAUCACCUUUCAUCUCAUUGAGCGUGUCCAGUUCCCUCUUAACAAAAACAUCUACGUCCCAGGAGCAGUUCCGAUCCCAAACUCGGAAUUGAGCUUUAUGGACUGGUACCUUCGGGAACAGGAAAAACUCCAAUCCCUCAUCCGCCGCUUUGAGUCACCGGACGAGUACCCUUUCUUUCCUGAUGCCGUCCAAAAGCCAAUCCUCGACCCACUCGACUACCCUCAAAUUCUCUACCCCAACGAGGUCUGUGUGAACGACAAGAUCAAGCAGUUCUACACAGAGAACUUCCUUCCAAAGGUCUGCCGCGACUUUGGUCGCGAGGAUAGGGGUGUUUCUCAGGAGAACUACGGCUCAUCCGCCACGUGCGACAUUGCUUGCCUGCAAGCACUUUCCAGGCGGAUUCACUUUGGCAAGUUUGUUGCCGAGUCCAAGUUUGUGUCGGAAACGGAGAAGUUCACGAGGUUGAUCCGGGCUGGCGACCGGGACGGAAUCGGUGAGGCCAUCACCAACAAGGCGGUUGAGAAGAAGGUGUUGGAGCGUCUCAAGCUCAAGGCGCAGACCUACGGCACCGAUCCCUCGCUCCAAGGUCCAGACGCUGCUGAGCAGGUCAAGAUCAACGUUGAGGCUGUUGUGUCCAUGUACGAAGACUUUGUCAUUCCCCUGACAAAGGAAGUCGAGGUAGAAUACCUCAUGCAGCGACUCGAACCCGAACAGCAAUGAUUGUCACUACUACUCACCAAGAACAUAGCGUUGGACUUCCUUGGGCUUUGAUCAGGGAGCAAUAAAUA